AUGCGUGUCUCUACCUUGAUCGUCGCUCUCGCUGCCAUAUCAAGAGCGGCGACCAUCCCAACACCUGCAACUGCCGACAGCAACUUGACGGCCUCGCAACCCGAUCUCGACAAGCGCUACGCCUACACCGACCCCUACUGGCCGUACUCGCACUGCAGCUGCAACAACAAGCUCAACCGAAAAGACACCGACGACGCCCUAAAGGCCCUCUUGGAGCGGCUCAAGUCCCGCCCGCGGUUCGCCGGCAAAUCCAUCUACAGCAUCAGCGGCUCCACCGUCGCCUUCCUUUGUCGAUGGAAUAACACCAACCAGGAGCCGGUGACCAUAGGCCUCGUCCAGCCCAUGCUGCCCAUCAUCAAGCAACGCUGCGGCUCUUACAUAGCCGGCACGGUGUCCGGGACUCACCCGGAAAAGGAUCCCGGGGCCGGUUACGGGUUCUGGCUCGGGUACAUGCAGCAUCAGAAGGGUCUGGACUUUUGCAGGGGCGCUGAUUCCGCGCCGGCGCGCGACUGUCCGACGGGGCUGCAGCCAGCGACAAGCAAUUGGGGUUAG